AUGAGCCUCCUCAAGGAGCGCAAGCCCAAGAAGCCGCACUACAUCCCCAGGCCCCCGGGGAAGCCCUUCAAGUACAAGUGCUUCCAGUGCCCCUUCACCUGCAACGAGAAGUCACAUCUGUUCAACCACAUGAAGUACGGCCUCUGCAAGAACUCCAUCACCCUGGUGUCUGAGCAGGACCGCCUGCCCAAGUGCCCCAAGUCCAGCCUCACCGACUCCAAGCAGUCGAGCCCAGUAGAUGCUGCGGCCAAGCCACUGUCUGCUAGGACAGCCACAAAUGGGCUCUCAACCUUUGAUCCCAAGCUCCAGCAUGGCAUUACCAAGGAGGCUGUGAAGGAGAACCCAGAUCUGCAGGCACGCAUGCCCCCCAAGCCACCAGCGCUGCACAAGGACACCACACCAUGCAGCCCAGCUCCCGACGCCCCGGGCCCACCGGUCCUAGAUGCCGUGGGCCGGCUAUCAGCCUUCGUACCCGUGGGAGAGCACAGACUCAAGGUGCCCGAGCACCCAGAAGCCACAGAGCUGCUGGCACUGCCAGGCCCCACAGCCAAGGCCGCCUCCUUCCACACCAAGUCUGCAUUCCACGCACCCAGCUACCCAUGGAAGGCUGGCUCGCCUUUCCUCCCACCCGAAUUCUCCCACAAGAUCCCGUCCACAAAGGGGUUUGGCCCCAUAUCCCCCUAUGUACAGCCACCUCUCCCAGAGUAUCCUCCUCACUUCUACACGGAGCACGGACUGGCGACGAUCUACUCCCCCUACUUGCUGCCCAGCACAGCAGCUGAAGGUGACAGUGCCCUGCUGUCCAUUUAUGGGGCCCAAGACCAGAGACACUGCCUCCCGCACCCCGGGGCCCUCCCGAAACACCUGAGCACACCUCCGUCCACCUAUGACCACUACAGGCUCUUCCAGCAGUACCACGCCAGCCUGCCCUUGCCCUAUGGCUUUUACCGCCCUGAGUCUGCCUUCUCCUCAUACAGCCUCAAGCUCCCACCCUUGGCCGGGGUCGCCCGGGACCACACUACACAUCUGCUGGAGGAGACCACCCUGGCAUACUCAUCUCUGAGUCCAUCCAAGCUAACGCCUCUGAGCUCCCACAAGAAGCACCCUGAGUUAGGGAAAGAAAGCCCAAGUCCCCAAGCCAAGGACACCCCCAAAGAUGGGCAGAGAGAUGCUGAGGGGGCCAAGAUGAGCCCCCGGGCAGGCAGUGCUGCCACUGGCUCCCCAGGAAGACCGAGCCCCACUAACUUCACGCAGACGAGCCACACGUGCGAGGGCUUGUGUGAUCUCUCGGGCAAGCCAGCCCCCAGCCCCGUGGGGAGGCUGUACCCAACCGAGCAGAACCCCAAGGCCUUCAAGCCUAUGCAGAAGGGUGCAGACUGUCCAAGCCCACAGGCACAGAGCCUUGAGGAACCAGCAAGCCUCGAGAUGUUGAACGAAGAACUCCCUCCUGAGACAGGGAGCAGCUCUCAGGAUGCUAAGCCAACACCUUCUGGCCCGCAAGACAGCUCUGGGAUUGUCCCACUGAACCUUUCCAAGAAGCCAGUCCCAGGGGGCCCCAGACUUGCAUACAGAGGCCCAGCCCUUGUGGACACACAGGACUUCCCUGAGGACCCACAGGACAUGCCCCUCAACCUCUCUGUGAAGGACCCUUGCAAUGCUCAGGUGCUGAGACCACCCUACCACAGCCCAUCACCAGAGGCAGAGCCAAAGGCCACUCAGAAGACCACAGCCAGCCCCCAGGAGGGGCCACUGGACAGAGAGGGCAGCCCAGAGGGCCAGACAGAGGAGGCCAUGGCAGGGGCUUCAGGCACAAGGCCCUUGGACGAACAAGCAGUCGACAGCAGUGAAGAGCAGAAGCAAACGGCUGCAGUGGCUCUCUGCCAGCUCGCUGCUUACAGCCCAGAGAAGGGCAGAGUGGACAGUGAAGAGAGCAGUGCCCAGGGGGUGCCUGCAGAGCAGGACGCACCCACGCUCAGCACCAAGGAGAACCAGGACGUCCAGAGCAGCACAAUCAAGCCUAAAGCACAAAAGAGGACAGGCCACAAGGACUCAGGGAAGUCCCUGGCAGGAGCAAAGAAAACCAAGCCAAAUGACAUGGCCAGGGUGCUCACGCUGAGGCGGCGGGCACGGUGCCUCAAUGCCUGA